UGGGGCUUAAAAUGGGUCACUGAUUUGUAGAGGAAGCAAAUAAAAAGGGCUUACACAAGCAACAACUGUUUCAACUGGCAGCGCGAAUAUGCAGAUGUUAAAUUUCCAUAGGCUUAGCAUACUCUUAAUUUACAACUACACUAUUCUAGUCGCCGCUUUUAACGCUGCAACGGCAAUCGAGUUGGUAAACGCGACACGCGCAGGCAAUUUAACAGCGGAAGUACGAUCUGCAGCUGAUGCUACUUCGACUUACGAUGCGCAUAUUUUCAUGGAAUACUUUCGAUGGCAUGGAGUGCAUAAUAUAAUUUUGGUUGUCUGUCCGGAGAAUGUUGGUACUCGCGCCGAGCAUCACAAAUUGCACUCAAUGCUGCACCAAUUUAUUGCCAAUGGUUUUUCCACGCGUAUUUUCAAUGGCCACGACUAUGACGGUAGCGUGGACAGUCCAAACGAUAAGCAAAUUCAAAUGAAGCCCCAACAACUCAACGCAACAACCGCCUUCUCUGUGAAUGCUUCAAAAGGCCCAGCUGCCGCAACUUGUGCUACGUUUGGUCCGCCGCGCACUUUUCGCAGCGAUAACGACACACGUCGCCCAUUGCGUCUGCAUCUGCCGCCAUUCACCUAUAAAUCAGGCAUCUUAAUGUUGCAAUUCGCCAGUGCCUGUGCGCUCAAUGUGCUGCGUUGGUCUGCUGCCUCCGAGCACAACUACUUCACCACAAAUCGCUUUUGGUUACUUCUCACCGAUGAGUCGACAAAUAUUUCACUGCUGGACGAUAAGGAUAUUUUUCUGCCACCUGAUGGCGAAGUGCGUAUUAUAGUGCGACAGCCAAAGGCACACUUCUAUACGAUGGUGGAUGUGUAUAAAGUGUCCGCAGAGAAGCCAUUGCGACGAACUUCGAUGGGUGUGCCACAAAUGCAGGAUGUAAAUGAUUUGCUGCAAGCGUUACGAAAGUUCGGUUCAGCCAUUUCAUAUCGUCAAAACUUGGAGGGUAUUACCUUUAAAACGGGGCUUGUCAUCGCCUUUCCCGAUUUGUUUACAAACAUCGAAGACCUGUCACUGCGACAUAUCGACACAAUUUCCAAAGUCAAUAAUCGACUCACAAUUGAACUGGCCAACAAACUAAAUAUGCACUUCAAUACCCACCAGGCGGACAACUAUGGCUGGCACCAACCGAAUGGCUCAUUCGACGGACUAAUGGGUCGCUUUCAACGCUACGAACUCGAUUUUGCGCAAAUGGCAAUUUUCAUGCGUUUGGAUCGAAUCGCUUUGGUGGACUUUGUGGCAGAAACUUUUCGCAUCCGAGCAGGCAUAAUGUUUCGCCAGCCACCACUGUCCGCUGUGGCUAAUAUCUUUGCCAUGCCUUUCGCUCGCGAUGUCUGGAUAUCCAUACUGUUGCUCAUGAUCUUCACCAGUGGCAUAUUCAUUGUGGAACUGAAGUAUUCACCGCAUUCGCAUGAGAUCGAUAUACUCGAUUGUGUGGUCUUCGUUUGGGGUGCCAUGUGUCAACAGGGUUUCUACGCCAACAUCUUAAAUCGUUCAGCGCGUUUCAUUGUUUUCACCACAUUCGUAUCGACACUUUUCUUGUACACUUCGUUUUCGGCAAAUAUUGUAGCUUUAUUGCAAAGCCCAUCGGAGGCAAUACAAACAUUGAGUGAUUUGGCACAGUCACCAUUAGAGAUUGGCGUGCAGGAUACUGUCUAUAAUAAAAUUUAUUUUAAUGAGUCUACUGAUCCUGUCACAAAUCACUUGUACCACAAGAAAAUCGCACCAAAGGGUGAUAAUAUUUUUAUGCGACCCACAGUGGGCAUGGAAAAAAUGCGCACUGGCCUCUUUGCCUACCAAGUGGAAUUGCAAGCGGGCUAUCAAAUUAUUAGCAACACAUUUAGUGAACCGGAAAAAUGCGGCUUGAAGGAGUUGGAGCCUUUUCAGCUGCCAAUGAUCGCCAUACCGACCAGGAAGAAUUUCCCAUACAAGGAACUCUUUCGCAGACAAAUACGUUGGCAACGCGAAGUUGGGUUGAUGAACCGUGAAGAGCUGAAAUGGUUUCCGCAAAAGCCAAAAUGUGAGAGCGGUGUUGGCGGUUUUGUUUCGAUCGGUAUCACAGAAUGCCGCUACGCUUUGGGUAUUUUCGGAUUUGGUUUACUGCUCAGCGCGCUUACCUUUAUACUGGAAAUUGCGGUAAGUUGCGCAUGGGCUUUGGUAAAGAAAAUAUGCCGUAAUAAAAAGCAAUAAGUAUCGGAAAUGACAUAACAUCGAACCGUCAAUGAAUGCGUACAAGAUUUUAAAAAUUAAUUUAAAAUUAUAAAUUAUUG